CGCCCCUCCACCGCAUCGACCAGCCAUGUGUAGCGACCCUCUGCCGCCUCGCUCGUCAGGCCCUUCAACUUAAUGGGCGCCUGCAGCUGCGCCAUCGGCCCCUUCAGGUCGAUGACCUCCAUGACGGCCUGCACCUCAUCCUCCACACCACUCUCGAAGUGCUGGAAAUAGUCGCCGUCGCCGGCAAAGAAGCCCUCCCAAUGUGCGGCCCCGCCAACACCAUGACUGCCAGCGAGCUGACCGAAUAGGUGUCGGUCGAGGGGCUCAGGGGGCCGCGGAGGGGGGCCGAGAGACAGUGGCGCUUGGUGAGCGCCGUAGCGACGCGAUGGAGGGCGGCGGGUCGCUGUGGGGUGCGGGCACUGGCGGGGCGAUGAUGCCCUCGGCCGACUGCAGGGGCUGGAUGGCCUCGUCGAUGAGCACUGACAACUCAAGGUCGAUCCACUGGGCGAACAGGGUGCUGAUGGACGCGUCGAACAACACAAGGGCGUUCUGCCGGUUGAUGUCACCAUGCACCCUGCCCGCCUCGUGGAUGGCCGGCAGCGCCGACAGCGCCGAAAUGGUGAGUCGCCGGUACUCCUCGGGGGGCAGCUUCAGGCGGCCGAGGGUUUGGCCGAUCAGGCCGACGCUCCCCUUCUCGGCCGCUCCUGCCGAUGCCACCAGCCCUGCCCUAAUCUUGGCGAGGUCGGCGAGGGUGACGGAGCCAGUCCAGAGCUCGUGUGCUCUGACGCGGCCAGCCGUCACCCGCAGCUCCUCGCGCUCAUCGCCGCUGCCCGCCGCCGCUGCUGCUGCUGCUGCUGGUGACCGUCUCUGCCGCUGCUUCCUCGCUCGCUCCUUGAGUUUCAACAGCUUCUUGGCCGUCUCCUGGGCGCCCUUGCUCAGCGCUGCGGCUGAAGGACAACAUAAAGCAAGACACAAAGACACCAACCAAACGUGUGUGGGUAUGGGUGUGCUGAGGGAUCAGUAAAGCUGCUCGUCUCUCACCGCUGCUGGCCGGUAUGUCCUCGUCGUCGGUCUCGUCAGGCCGGCCUGGUGGCGGUGGCUUCUGCUGCAGAGUGGUGCGGGUGGCGUCGGGCAGCAUCGCUGAACGGAACAAACACGGCAGCCAGGCACACAGCUCUCAUGAGCCACAUUUGGAUGUGUCUCCCCUCCCUCCCUCUCUCCCUGUGACCAACUCACCGGCAUAUUUCGCUAGCACAUAGAAGCCCUGGAGCUUGUAGGUCCGCCUCUUGUGGGCCUCGUCAGGCUUGCUGGCGUGCAGGAAUCCCAGGGGACGGUGGCGGUGCAACUGGGCAUCCAUGAGGCGGAUGGUACGGCUGGUGCCCUCCUCAAUCGCCGCCCAGGCCACCAUCGGGGGCGUCACGGCCUUCUUCUCCCUCCCCCUGACCCCCUGCAGAGCCUCAAUGGCCUGCGCCUCGGCCUCCAGCCGCCUCGCCACCUCCGCCCAGCCACCUCCGGACAUCAU